AGACUUGUUAAAAAAGGGAACCAAAUAUUCCACACUUGUUUCCAUUCAUUUGAGAUGUGGAUGGAAAAUGGUUGAAAAAAGACGAUAAUUGUUAGGAAGAGAUUAGAGUUGAAGCAAGGCUUUUUUUGGUAGCACUUUUGUAAAAAUAAAAUCCCACUUUCAUAAAUUUCAUUCCACUUUUUUUUUUCUUUCUUUCUUUUCUGACAGACACCACAUGCUCUCAGCUCAAACCUCAAAGUAGAGACUAAGAGAGGUCCAUUCUUCUGACCCACCAGCCCCCAUUAUCUUCUCCACAUCAAACUCUGUGAAAAAAAUUCCAUUUCAGAUCUGACCCACCACACCCACCAAGCUUCUCUUCCUCUCUUGGCACCAAUUUUCAUCUUCUCUCUGUGUUUUCUUCUUUAAUCUUAUAUGUAAUGAGAGUAGACAAAAAGGCUGUCACCAGAGCAUCAUUCUCUGCUUAACUGGUUUCUGUGGUUUUCUUGCAUUUAAACCUCACACCCCACAGUCCACAGGCAUCUCAAUUACCCUCUUCUGCAGCUGCAUUCCCAAGAUAGAGCAAAAGGAUAAAAACCAGUCGUCUUUUCGUGUUCUGUGAACAAAACCCAAAACAAACCAUAUCUUAUGAGCUUCUCAUUCCCCCAAGUUUUGGACUUUGUAGUUCUUGGAAACGUGGGGACUCCUUACGACUUCUGGGUUUUGAAUGUUUCCUGCUUCCGUUUCUUCCUUUGUCUUUCAUUUCACAUCCAAUCCAAUUUGCAGUUGCACACUUUCAUUCUCACUUCUCUUUUCUCUGAUGUGUGACGUUUCUUCCAUUUUAACCCCAAGCAUUGUUCAGUGAGAGAGAUAACAGGGGAGGUGGAGGAAGAGACAUGUCUGCAAGGCUUACCUAUUCCUUAUCGGAUGAAAAUCAAGGCCUUCAUAAGCAGAUUGGGUGCAUGAAUGGGAUUUUUCAGAUAUUUGACCGGCGUUAUUUCCUCGGCGCCCGGAGCUCGGCCGGCCGCCACUGCAAGAAGCUCCCACCAUCGCCAGGUGAAAAUGGAGACGUCCCAAUGGAACCAAACAGUGGCUUACAGAGAACUUCGGGGAAGGACCAGAAGAAGACUGCGAGGGAGAAACAGAGGGUCUCCACAGAGUCAUCCAGAACCUCAUUUUCGUCUACCACUUCUUGUUCUUCGAGUUUUUCAUCUCUUGAUAUUAACAACAGAGCAGCUCACCUUGAGACAACAUUGUUCAGCCAUGGCGAUUUUCCCAAGAACCAGCAGCAUCAUGCUGCUACCAAGCAAUUGAGCUGCCAGUCUUUCGAGUUCCGGGAUAUUGUCAAAGACAGCAUAAACAGAGAAGCUUGUGGGAUUUCAGUCAGAACAGUGGCUGGAGAAGAAGCAGUGAGUCGUAAGUUUACACAUGUGGACUCCCCGAGGCCAUCGAGAUUGGUCGAGUCCCACGAUUCCAAGACUUUGGGAUCGAAUGAAUCAUUUCGUGUCCUUGCGAGGUUACGAGAAGCACAUAGAAAUGCCAAUGAAGAGAAUGGCAUUUCCACACAUUCAGCACCGAAAUUCAACCGAAGGCUCUCUUAUGAUGGAAGGGAAUCUUGUGAUACUGCACUAAAAUCAACCAUAAAGAUCAGAGAACUACCAAGGUUAUCACUGGACAGUAAAGAAAGCUGGGCUAAGUGUUCUGCUUCUGGAGCAAGAUCAAAUGAUCUUGUUAAGGAUUUGAAGAAGGGCAACAGGGAUUUCGACAAAACAAAUGACUACGAGCAAGAACCAGUAAGCUCGAGACAAUCGUCUAUGGUCGUCGCAAAGUUAAUGGGAUUGGAAGAUCUCCCAGGUUCAACUUCAACCAUCAAUAGUCCAGCAAGAUUGAUCAAUAUUUACCCCACCCAUGAACCAAAUUCUUUGUCAAAAUCAUCAAGGAAGAAUGAGGAGAACACACAACAAAGCCGGUUUUCUGGUUCCCCAAGGAUCUCUCAUGGAGGUUCUUGUUCACCCAGCUUGAAAAACAAUACAAAGCUUACGGUGGAAACAACUCAGAAGAGCCAGCUAAGUAGAAAUGGAGAUUUUAAUGAACCAGCUUUCGAAAGUCAUGAACUUGCUACAGAUGUGCCAAACUCCUAUUCUGUUUAUGGAGAAAUUGAGAAAAGGCUGUCAACACUGGAAUUCACAAAAUCUGGAAAAGACCUCAGAGCUCUAAAACAGAUACUUGAAGCAAUGCAAAAAUCUCGAGCGAUGUUGGAUAACAAGGAACAAGCAUCAGACUGUGCAUCGCAAAUAAGCAUGGACGGAGCCAUCGAUCAGAGUCACAGUUCGGGAGCAGCAAGCCCAAGGAAGUCGCAGCUCGAUAACACAGUUUCUUCUGCCAGAGCCAAGGAUUCUAACUCUUCAAAGACACAUAAAUCCUCAAUUAUCAUCAUGAAACCUGCUAAACACAUGGGGAAAAUCAGCAAUUCCACUCCCUCAGUGCCACUGAAUCAUGAUGCACCAGGCGAUCACACCACAAGGAAUGGGAAUGAAGAGGUGAAAAUGCAAUCUACAAAAGAUAUUGGUCCACAACAUGCUCAUCUGAGGUCCCUCCCUAGUCAUUCACAACUUUCUACAGAUAAAAAUACCAACACUAGGAUUUCGAAAUCAACAAAGUCGACGAAAGAUCUUCGCAUAGAAAUCUCAACUGCCUCAGUAAGCAGUCCAAGAGUUACAAGCUCAAGAAUACAAAAAAAGUUUGGGCUGGAGAAGCAAUCUUGCCCGACCACCUCAUCAUCAGAAUCCAGCAGGACCGAAAGGAUUAAUGGUAGAAAAGUUGAAUCAUGUUCCACAGAAAUAAAAUCAAGGCAAAAAUCUCCCACUUCGAAUCAGAAAAGUACCAAGAGAUCAAGCAAAAGCAGCAUAUGCUCCCCUGGAGAUACGAAUCAACGAGGAAGUGUUCUCCCUCUGAAGCCUGAGAGCAAGGGAAUUGCAUCAAACAUUAAUACAAAAAAUUCAAGCAACAAGCAAACUCAUAACACCAGAAGCAACUAUGUCCUGGUGGAUGGAGAUGAAUGCGAACAAAGGAAUGCAGAAAUAAUGUUGAGCAGCAGCAGCACAAAAGUCAAAGCAACAUUAACUAGCUCUGAGCAACAAAGUCCUGUCUCUGUUCUUGAUUCAACAUUUUACCAAGACGAUUCACCAUCUCCUGUCAAGAAAAUAUCACAUGCUUUUGAAGAUGACGAGACCAUAAAUUCAGAAGCAGAUUCGAGUCAAGAGGUUCCAGUUCAAUCACAGAAAAGCAGAGAGAUCCUCGGCACUGAGAUUAAGAUCUUGAAAUCAGAGAUCGACAACUUGAGGAAGCAUAUUCGACAAGUGAACUUCAGUAAUGAGUGUGAGGAGCUCUCGAGUGAUUGCCAGAAUCAUCUCUGCCAAGAAAUGAAUUCUCAGCACAAAUAUAUUUGGCAAAUACUAUCAGAAUCAGGUCUCCUCAAAGAUCUUGACCAUGGCCUUUCCGCUGUUCAGCUCCACUCACCAGGACACAUGAUCGACCCCAACCUAUUUCUUGCACUAGAGCAAGCCAAGGCAGUCAUGUGGCCUUUUAAUGGUGAUUCAUACUAUAAACAGAAUGCCAGAUCAGAAGCUCGCAAUAAAGUACAGAGGAAACUUGUAUUUGAUACUGUCAACGAAAUUCUAUUGGAUAAACUAGCAGUUGAACGUUCGUCCAAGCAUUGGCUCACAACAAGUAAUACAGCAGGAACAGAGUCAAGAGGACAAAAGAUUCUGAAAGAAUUAUGCUCACAGAUUGAUCAACUGCAAGAUAGCAACCAAAAUGGCUGUCUCAAUGACUAUGAUGAUGCCUCAAGAAACAUGAUUUGGAAAGAUUUAAUGCAUCCCUCAAGCUACAGGGGAGAUUAUCAAAAUAAUGUUCCAGGCAUAGUGUUGGAUGUUGAGCGACAGAUCUUCAAGGAUUUAAUAACUGAGAUUGUGAUGAACGAAGCAGGCUUCUCUAACAAUCAUUACAGGGAAUUUCCCUUAAACUAGGGAUUUCCCAGGAAACAUUGACAAAUAUGCAAUCUGUCCCUCUCUUGCAUCUUUAGUUCUUCUUUGACAGGGUUAGGUUCAUAUGAUAUUACCCUUUUAGAAUUUUUCUUUUUCUCUUGUACAGUGCCAGUAACCCCUGCAUGUUAAUUUAGAUGGUUGCUGGCAUUAGAACUGUAUUAGAAACAACAAUUUACUGUAUAUGAAGGCAAAGGUACAAGUAGCAUCCUUGUUUUCAAGUUCUGUCCAGGCACAUUGUAGGGAUCAUAAGGCCAUCUUGGAACACCCAGGCCCUGGAAGUUGAACAAAUUUUAAAAUUAUAAUUUUGCACCAUAACAUGACACAAGCACAAAGCUGAUAGGCCAUAUUUUCUGAUCAUUCUGUAAGAUAACAAGCCCAUCCCAAGAACAAGAAGUAUGUCACUAUGAUGUUUGAUAUGUGCAGAAUUCUAAGGAACUCUCUUUUUUAAA